GUUGAUAGUUCUCAUCCACUCCAUAUAAUUUUCUCCAUUAGGAGGCUUCUACUGUAUUAUGGACAAGGCCAUAUCAUCUACGUCAUCCAAUCUGAUGUCUAAAGCAUGGACUAUGGCCUACACUGCAUACCAGAGGCAUUCUCAGACGAAUCUGAUCUGACCGCUGAGUCAGCCCCAACCGCCGAGUUUCGCGAGCCACUGCCUUGCUCUUCGCUCCGUCGCCCACCAAAAUCCACCAAAUUUUCUGCCGAUUUCCGGCACCUGCACGCUGGUUCCUCUCUGCUGCACUCUCCAUUUUGCAUGUGUUAUCGGGUCCCGCGGUUCCAAGGCCGUCGGAUGUUUCUUGAUUUAUACUGAUGGAUCUGGAGUUCCGGGGUGUCCUGGCACCGACUGGGUUGGCGACACAUGCCAAUCUGAUAACACCCCCGGCCUCCUCCAGCGACCUUCGGAGCACCCCGAGGUUGCCCCGGCCGGUGACAGCCUUCGACUUCGCGCCCAAAAACUUAGAACCGGGCGAUAUGGAGAAGCUCCCCGCCAUCACUGGCAAGCGGCGGGGUGGCUGUAGAAAGGCUUGUAAUGAGUGUAAACAGCAAAAGCUUCGGUGCGACAUUGUGCAAACACCCGCGGAUGCUUGCUCGCGCUGCCGGCGGCUCCAAAUAGAAUGCAAGGUCGAGCCCACUUUCAAACGGAUCUCCAAACGAAGGCGCAAUGCUGAAAUGGAACGGGAGAUCGCAGAGCUCCGCCGGCGGCUUGCCACUGGCGAUCACCCGCAGGCCGUGGAAGCCAAUGGCAGCGAUGAGCUCUCCCAGUGUUCCGAGGAUGUCUUUUGUCCGCCUGAUGCGGCGGUUGCAAACAGGGCGCGGCCGCUGUCGGCGCCGUUGGAGCCUCAACCGAUGGCUACCCCGUUGACCAUGCAUAGAGAUGGGUCCAUUCUUUCUCAGGAGGAUAACCCAUGGCGACUGGAAGAUGUCUCGCUGUCUAGGACGAGGGUGGCACGUCUAUUUGAACAGUUCUUCAAGUACUACCACCCGUUUCUCCCUCUGUUGAAUCCGCAAAAGCACCCGGAUGAGUAUCUGCGUCGCUGUCCUUUGCAGGCAUGGACUAUCAUCUGUGUCGCUAGUCGACGAGCGCCCUCGGAGCCAGGCCUCCUGAGUGCGCUGUCGGGGCCGUUCAGCAGACUGCUCUGGUCCACCAUCACCGGUGUACCGCAAGACUACCGUGUAGUCAAGGCUCUUUGCCUUCUCUGCACCUGGCCGUUGCCCACGACGAGCCAGCGGACCGAUGCCACCUUCAUGCUCAGUGGAUUAAUGAUGCAAAUUUCCAUGCAGCUGGGAUUGCAUCGGCCCGUCCAAGCGGAGGAGUUCACCACUUUCCGCAUGGAAGUCCAAGGGGAAGCUGUCAAAGACCGUCUACAGACAUGGGUCAUAUGUAACAUUGUGGCUCAGAACGUCGCCACCGGCUAUGGACAACCCCCCGUGACUAUCUACGAUUGGGCGCUCGAGCCAGCAUCGCUUCGAGACGCCGACUAUCAGCCUUCCGAAGAUCUGAAGACUCGGCUACGGAUUGAAAAAUUCUGCGACCGUGUGACCAAAUCACUGUACAGCAGCAAGCCCGACCCGGCGGAGUUCAUCAGCUCGGAGAAGUUGCUGAUCGUGCAGCUUCUAGAGAACGAGCUGCGAGACAUGGAGGUGGAAUUCGGACGAGAUAUUUCCAAUAUCAACAUGAUCCAUCUCCGAGCCGCUGAAUUGCAUCUACGAUACUUUGUUUUCCUUGGCUCCAGUGCACGAAGUGACGACUUGACGAAGCUUUUCAUUGCCACCACAUCAUUCCUUGGCCGCGUGCUCGAUCUCGAAACGUCACCCGGGGAGCUUAUUGGCCAUGCAACCAACUACAUUCUCCAGAUGAUCGUUUCGGCUGCAUUUGCCCUCAUGAAGCUGCUGAAGAGUGACUUCCGACGCCACAUCGACUUCGAACAUGGGAAGCUGCUGUUCAACGGAGCGAUCUCGGCGAUCCGCAGAAUCAGUGUGAUGGACCACGACCGUCCCGUGCGUCUUGCGGACAUUCUAGCACAGAUGUGGAAUGCCGGCACCCCGGAGGGACCGGCGGGCGAGGAUGCUCUGCAGCUGAAAGUGCGUUGCCGGAUGAGUAUGAGCCAUGUUUACGAUACCGUUUGGCGUUGGCGCCAGCGAUUCCGCCCGAUGAAGAGCAUCGAGGAUCCGCAAGCUACCAUUGCGAACCCCAGUCUCUCGGCGGCGGCCGGCCCCAUGACGCGACCAGAGGAGUCGCUGGCCGAUCCCGGGUUGAUCUACCCGCCAAACUUCGACCAAGGGGCAUUCAUCAGCGAGGCGGGGUUCUCGGAGGUGUUUGAUUCGCUCAACUGGGUGUUUGACGGGAUUCCCGACACGUUUGUGGCGCCUCCGGUCAUGUAGGCUCGUCACGCAUUGCAUCUCGGCGCCGGGGGGUUCUGGUUCAUGCGAUUGUUGAAGUGUACCCUUGUGGAUACCUUGUACUCUGUUUUGUACAUAUGUUGAUGCCAUGACGAUCACUAGAUACCAUUGCGUGAAUAGCCGUUGACGAUUACCAGAUCC